GGCUCCUGCCCCCGCGUCGGCCCCGCCAGUUCCAGCGGCUGCUGCGCAACGGUAAGCUAACCCUUCUAUGCCUUUUCCUUACUGUGAUAAUGUUGCGUGGAAAUCUGGGCGCCGGAAAGUUUGGGACGCCGGAGAAAGAUCUCGAUGAGCUCCGUGAAACCUUUUCCUACAUCCGCAAGAGGGUCGAGCCUCGGCGGGUUUUGGAGGAGGCGACGGUGGUGGCUCAAGGGCAGCAGAAAGCGACUGAUAGUACGGGAAGUGGGACCAAUAACUAUGCUGAAUUUGAUAUAACUAAGAUUUUGAAGGAUGAGGAUGAUGGGGUUCCAGAAUUUAAGCGGGAUCCAUCUCAGCCGUAUAGUCUUGGGCCGAAUAUAUCCGAUUGGGAUGAGCAGAGAGCUGAAUGGUUGAAAAAGAAUCCGGAUUUCCCGAAUUUUAUUGCUGAGAAUAAGCCUAGAGUUCUAUUGGUUACUGGUUCUUCUCCGAAGCCGUGUGAGAACCCGGUGGGAGAUCAUUACUUGUUGAAGUCGAUAAAGAAUAAGAUCGAUUAUUGCAGGCUUCAUGGAAUUGAGAUCUUUUACAAUAUGGCCUUGCUAGAUGCUGAAAUGGCAGGGUUUUGGGCUAAGCUGCCGUUGAUUCGGAAGCUUUUGUUGUCGCAUCCGGAGGUGGAGUUCUUGUGGUGGAUGGAUAGUGAUGCGAUGUUCACAGAUAUGGCAUUUGAGUUGCCAUGGGAGAGGUAUAAGGACCAUAAUUUUGUGAUGCAUGGGUGGAAUGAGAUGAUUUAUGAUCAGAAGAAUUGGAUUGGUUUGAACACCGGGAGUUUCUUGUUGAGGAAUUGUCAGUGGUCGUUGGAUAUUCUUGAUACGUGGUCGCCAAUGGGGCCUAAAGGAAAGAUUAGGGAGGAAGCUGGGAAGCUUUUGACGAGGGAGCUCAAGGAUAGACCAGUUUUCGAAGCGGAUGAUCAAUCUGCUAUGGUGUAUAUAUUGGCAACGCAGAGGGAGAAGUGGGGGAAUAAGGUUUAUCUUGAGAAUGCAUAUUACUUGCAUGGUUACUGGGGGAUCUUGGUUGAUAGGUACGAGGAAAUGAUUGAGAAUUAUCAUCCAGGUCUUGGUGAUCAUCGGUGGCCCCUUGUGACUCAUUUUGUCGGUUGCAAGCCUUGUGGGAAGUUUGGAGAUUAUCCAGUCGAGAGAUGCUUGAAACAGAUGGACCGUGCAUUCAACUUUGGAGACAAUCAGAUCCUGCAGAUGUAUGGCUUUACUCAUAAGUCACUUGCCAGUCGGAGAGUGAUAAGAAUCCGGAAUGAGACGAACAACCCUCUUGAAGUGAGAGACGAUCUUGGGUUGCUUCACCCUGCAUUUAAAGCUGUGAAGGUGUAAUCUUCAUGAAUACGCAUAAAAGGAAUUAAUCGUAAUUAAAUUUGGGAUGCGGAUGCCCCUUUUACCUCACGAUUUUUUGUUUGGUGGAUUUUGAUUAUAGUACAUGUUGUUCUGUAUCCUGUUACUUAUGACAUGGUUAUCAAGCCUUGGUUGCUGUAUUCCUUUAUUUAAAGCAGUUGUCCUGUGAAAUAUUACUUCAAUUACAAAAUUUGAGCUGGUUACUGUAUUUCGCCAUAAUGGCGAUUCUCAUGUGACAUAUAGUCGUUCAAGUUACAUGAUCUUAAGUGAAAAAGGAUACUGUGAUUUAUGGAGGGUAGAACGAACUUAUCAUU